GCCACCGCGCCUCCACCUAUAUGGGGAAGCAUAGUGUCUAUAUGAAUGUUGUACAACUAUUUAAGCGAUAAGGAAGUAUGUUAGCUUUAUGAGUCAUUGUAAACUUAGCUGCAUGAGUUCUGCUUGAUCUUACACAAUUAGUCACAUCCUUAAGUUCUUAUUUCAUCAUAAGAUCUUUCAAAAUUAAAACUUAAUAAAUAUUUUACGAAUAAAUAUAAAACAUUAUUUUCAAAAUUCGUUGGCAUGACGACUGCCUGACUAAGAAAUAGUUUUUCGAACGCAGCAUUUCUAACUUAAUCUUAGGAGUUCGAAUUCAAAGAGGAAAUUUGCCUUUUAUUGUCUUUUUCUUGGUCACAUAAUACCAUCGUUAACCGUAAGGUAAAGUAACUGGUAGGCUUUGCAUCAUACGCUGAUAGACCUGGAAGUCUGAAUUGAUAACAGGAAGACAUGACAGAUAAACCAGAACAAAAAAUGCCAGAGCCAUCAAGUUUUCAUAACUCUCAGCCAUUGCAAGUUAAGCUAGAGAAUAUACCUCAGACGAAACAUGAUGCUUACGGUGUUCCAUACCAAAUACCAGCGUCACAAUCUUUUGACUCCCAAGGAAAUCCAACUAUGUACACACAAAUGAGUGAACACGGCCAAACCGUAUUACUACCACGUUACACCUAUGGUCAGCAGCAGUUCUCUCAGCCUGUCCAGUACAUUGUCCAACCUGGAUCUAGAUACAUUUCACAGCAGAUUGAUGGAUAUCGCCCUGUACGUGAUUAUUUAGGUUUAAGCAUAUUUGCUACGCUGUGCUGUUGUUUUCCAUUAGGAAUUGGGGCAAUAAUUGCAUCCUACAAGGCGAGAACACUUGCAGAUCAGGGACAAUACGCUGGCGCCCAAAGGAGUUCAAGGUGUGCAUUGCAACUGAUCAUAACAUCUAUAAUUUUAGGUGCUUUAAUUAUUACAGCUUUCAUUGUCUACCGUACUAAAUAUGUUAACGCAAAGAUGGAGCAAGAUGUAGCAAGAUUUUAAUAUAUCUUAACUAAAUAUAUUCUUGUGUGACAAAGGUGUGAGUAAUGAUUAUGACUUGUCUAUAUGGUACAGCAGUGUUAUAGUACGGUUGUUUAUAUUCUAGUAGUUUCCAGUUUCUUUUAUGGUCUAAAAUCAGUUGAAUGUUUAAUGCUUCGUAUCAAGUUUAUAUUUGAUUUCUUUUUUUUAAUUUCAUUUAUAUUUUAUAUCAUAAAGCAUAUUUUUGCUUUGUAUAUAGCAUGUGAUCAAUAUUUUCAAGAUCUUUAACACUUGAAUCAUUAAAAUAUUUUAUUUUAACAUU